GGCUGGCGGUUUAGGUCAAGAGGGGGCGUAGGUACUCGGGAACUACAUUACCAAAGCUCCCGCGCUCCUCACCGACACAUGAAACACAACAUGGCACCUGCUGGCCGGGGUGUUGUUGUGGUAGUCCUCUCAUUUCUGUACUUAUCCCGUGCUAUAUUUUCCACUGAAUACUUCUCUACACUUACUUUCUUUAAUAGCGAACUGCAUAAACAUGGUUGCAGCUCUCCGUCAGAGUGGGAGGAAUACGCAAGUGAUUGCGAGUCCUCCGUUCUACAGUUGGACAACCCAGACUGUGAGGAAGGAAGCAACCUGCCAUGCGAGUCUGUCUUCUCUCUCAACGCAGAGAAAAUUCUGAGCCAAGCCAAGUUGUUCAUAGAGCAGAAACGAUUCCCGUUUGCAGUGGACAACCACAACACAAAUGAGGAGCUUGCUAUAGGAUAUGUUCUUAUUGGAAAUGGCCUGUACGAUGAAGCCAUCAAACACUUCUCCUUGUUAUUACAGGGGGAUCCAGAGGUGGUCAGUGCCAUCUACGGGAGAGGGAUAGCAUACGGAAAAAAGAGUCUGCAGGACAUCAAGAAUGCAGACUUGGCGCUGUUCGAGUUAAGCCGAGUCAUCACUCUUGAGCCCAACCGUCCUGAGGUGUACGAACAGCGGGCAGAGAUUCUUUCUCCACUUGGAAGAAUCAGUGAGGCUCUGAGUGAUCUCUCCAAAGCCAUCCAGCUCCAGCCCUCUGCCCGCCUCUACAGACACAGAGGAACUCUGCUCUUCAUCGCCGAGGAUUAUGUGGCAGCUAUGGAGGAUUUUCAACAGUCUUUGGAUCUGAAGAAAAACCAGCCCAUUGCCAUGCUAUACAGAGGUCUAACAUUCUUCCACAGAGGAAUGCUCAAGGAAGCCAUUGAAACAUUCAAGGAGGCCCUGAAAUUAAAAUAUGACUUCAUAGAUGCAUACAAAAGUCUCGGACAGGCCUACAGAGAGUUGGGGGACUUUGAGGCAGCCAUGGAGAGCUUCCAGAAAGCCCUGAUGCUCAACCAGAACCACAUCCAGUCUCUGCAGCUGAGAGGCAUGAUGCUCUACCACCACGGCAGCCUCCAGGAAGCCAUCGGCAACUUCAAGAGAUGUCUACAGUUGGAGCCCUACAAUGAGGUGUGUCAGUACAUGAAGGGUCUGAGCCACGUGGCUAUGGGACAGUUCUAUGAAGGCAUCAAGGCUCAGACUAAAGUCAUGUUGAAUGACCCUUUGCUGGGCCAGAAGGCAAGCUCGGAAUAUCUCAAAGUGAAAUACCUCAGAGAAUACUCUCGCUACUUGCACUCACAUCUCGACAUACCUGUGGCAGAAUACAAUGUUGAUCAGGAUCUUCCAGGAAACUUCAAAAACCACUGGGCAAAAAACCUCCCUUUUCUUAUAGAAGACUAUGAGGAGCAGCCAGGACUGCAGCCUCAUAUUAAGGAUGUUCUACUUCAGAACUUUGAAAGCUACAACACUGAAGUUCAGAAGCUCAUUUGCACAGCUGAUCACCUUGGUGCCCUUAUGCAAUACAAUACACCAGGAUUUCUUCCCAAUCGCAGAAUACACAGAGCCAUGGGUCUAGCAACCCUAGAGGUCAUGCAGGCAAUGCAGCGCACCUGGAGCAACUCAAAGGUGCGAGUCAAUGGCAAAACCAGGCAGAUGCAGUGGAGAGACAUGUUCGAUAUAGCUGUCAAAUGGAGGAGGAUUGCUGAUCCAGACCAGCCUGUUCUGUGGCUGGACCAGAUGCCUGCCAGAAGUCUCAGCCGAGGGUUCAAUAACCAUAUCAACCUCAUCAGAGGACAGAUCAUCAACAUAAGAUACUUGGCCUAUUUUGACAAAAUACUCAACUUCAUCAAAGACCGAAUAUUGGUUUACCACGGGGCAUACAACCCAAAAGGCCUACUGGAAGUCAGACAAGCACUGGAAAAUGUGGACAAGGUGGAAGACCUUCUCCCCAUAAUGAAGCAGUUUAACAGUAAAACAAGGGAUGGCUUCACAGUGAACUCCAAGGUGCCCAGUCUAAAAGACCCUGGGAAAGAAUAUGAUGGUUUCACUAUCACCAUAACAGGAGACAGAGUGGGGAACAUGCUGUUCUCAGUGGAGACCCAGACCACAGAGGAGCGCACGCAGCAGUACCAGUCUGAGAUUGAGUCGAUCUACAAAGACCUGACUGCCAAAGGCAAGGCUCUCAUGCUGUCCACUGAACUUGGGGAUGCAGAUGCAGUGUGUAAUUUAAUCCUCUCCCUGGUUUACUACUUCUGUAACCUUAUGCCCCUCUCCAGAGGGUCCAGUGUUGUGGCAUACUCCGUUGUCAUGGGUGCACUGAUGGCCAGUGGAAAGGAGGUGAUAGGCAGAAUCCCCAAAGGGAAGUUGGUUGAUUUUGAAGCCAUGACAACACCCAGUCCUGACAGCUUUAGUAAAACAGCUAAAAACUGGAUGAAUUUAAAGAGUCUACCAGUGUGGUACCAUAGUCUUCCAUCGGUAGCAGAAACGUUCCCGACGACUAGAACCAUGAUAGAGGUCCUCAACACGGACUCGACAUCGCACUGUCCAAAGAAGUCCUAACACCACUUCUCCUGAUGAGAACAAGGGCCACUCGCCCUGUCCACUCUCUCUGCUCACUCUUUCUGCUCAUAGUCUCUCUGGCCAAGCUCAACCCCCAAAGCACAACAUCUGUCUAAACAUGAUUUAUGGCAACUACAUGUUGUUCAGAUAUGUAUGCAAUACCAGCAAAACCCUAGUAGGGUCUAGUAUGUAAAAGCUAAGAAGCAACAUUUAUUUGAAUGGGAGGUAAUCUCUCGAUCGUGAUUGGCACUAAAAUUCUAACUAUUUUCUUUUAAAAAACCCUCAGUCUAUAAGCAAAGAAAGUGGGGGAGGAGAUUAUAAGAUGUAAACUUUCCUUCAGGGCUAUUCUAUUCCACUUGGGAUACUUGAACAUUUAGAAAAGUCAAGCAAUCUUUUUAUUUAGUCUUGUCGAUGGUGCGAUUGUGGAGAGUGUCACUCUGUGGCAUUUCCUUUUUCAGUAAUUGUUUUUAACUUGACCAAUAAAGGGCAUGAGGCAGGGCUGGUUUUAGGUUGGGUCAAACUUGUUUUGGGGAAAGCACACAACAAUGGUCCUCUGGUCUUAUUUUGAGACAUCUGUUUCUGUCUUGUUGCUGUUCUCUCUUUCUUUUUUCCGUAAAAUGUUUUUAAAUCAUUUGACAAUGGUCUUAUCGACACACAACAUUUGAACACAUGUUCAGGGAUACAUUAAGGGGAGUAUGUUCAACUGCUCUGAAGAACCUCUUCAUGUGAGGACAAGCUUUGGUGUUCAGUUUGUAUGUUUCCCACUUACCCUUAACUGUGAAUGACAGAAUAAAAUAUGCAUUGCCUGCCGGAGUCCUUAUUGAAUGAGCUCCAGAGGAUCAAAUAAAAUAACCAACAACAAUGUUAAGUUCUCUGCUUAACGUUAUUUAAUUUUUUGGCAGAACUACUGUUUUAUCAUGAUGUUUCCAUAUCAAUGUUUGUGCUGAAUGGCUGGGAGAUUUGUUUUAAUAUUUUUUUUGCACUGGGUGAAUUGGCUAUGUUUAUUAAACCGCUAAGGUGGAUUUUUAAGCUAAGCAUAUGUCCCAUCUUGAAGUUUAAACUCGAAGGAAAGAAAUCUGUGGAGAUUUUAGGGAAUUGGGAUGUUCAAUGGUCAAUAAAAUUGGUUGACAAAUGA